AUGGCAUCCUUGGAGACGUCAUCUGAAGCUUUGUCUAAAGCUCCAUCGAAAGCUCCAUCCAAUGUUUCAUCUAAAUGUCGUAUCAAAAUUUCACCUAAAGAGUCACACAAAAGGUCACCAAGGUCAUCCGAAGGUCUACAAAUCGCAGAACCUGAGCCAUACCCUGAAGCCGUCAAUCGAUAUUCUCCGAACCCUGAUACUAAACUACCACAGCUGCAAGAUCAAUCAGGCCCCGAUGAAGCAUCAAUACGUACCCGACCAUCUCGAGAGCACAUAUCCUUCCGCCCCGGGCCGUACAGUGAUCAAUCUGGAUAUGGACCCACCAUCGAAGUUCCACCAGAUAUGGUGAAGAAAUUCUUUGCACACCGCCGGCGCAAGUUUUUGUUCAUUGUUGUCUUCACACUGUUCAUAGUUGGUACGCUCAUUGGCUCCAGUAUAGGAGGUGCACUGUAUGUGCAGGACAAAGCCGAACAAUCCGCCUCUGAAAGCGAAACUAGCACCAAUGCAGCAGAUGAAGACCCAGCAUCAAGUUCCACACUCGCACCAGCAGAACCUUCUACUCAAACCCUACCCUCAAGUGCAGCAUAUACAGCGCGACCAUUCGGCACCAUCCAAUCAAUCAACACAACAUGCCCAUCCACCCUCCUCCUAUCCAGUCAACUGGAAGGCAAGACUUCGGGACUCAGUGGCCGCUACACCUACAGCUGCCUCGACAACACCAACAUCCUAGACGAACCCAACCUCAUGGCCUUUACUGCAUACACUCUUGAGCAAUGUGUCGACGCCUGUAGCCAAUACAGCGUUAUGACCAACAAGAAUGAAACCUGUAAAGCAGUUGUAAUCAACUCACAGUUUCGUGAAAGAUACGAGACGGGAUACGGGGCGAAUUGCUGGCUGAAAGGCUCGGCAGAUAAUGCUAGUACGGGAAAAGCGGGAUACACAGCGGUAGUCUUACGUGAGGGGUGA